UUUUAUAAAUAAACUAUUUUAUAGGACUAUUAUGGUUUUUAUACAGUUUUAUUAUUUUAUAAAUACAAAACAAGUUCAGUAGGAUUCAAAAGAAAGCAGACAAGAAAGACAUAUGGUUAAAGAUAUUAACUGUUAAUUGAUUUUUACUAAAGCGAUAUAAAAAAUGCUUUAAAACUAUCAAUGUGGGAAACUGAGAAUACACAUAUGCAAAUACGUAUGCAAAUCAUGUACAUUAUUCAAGCAUGAAUUUUACCUUUUUAACAGAGUUUCAUGAUGAUCAAGGUUUCUUUUCUGAUGACAUUGCUACAGCUGUUUCACAUUUUGGUGGAAGCGUCCGAGCAAACUCCAUGCCCUCAAUACUUUACAUAUAUAAUUAAUCCUUCAACAAACGAAGUAAUGGGACAAAUCCAAAUUCCGUCUCCGCCAAGAAAUGUCGAACUCAACUUGAGAAGUUAUCUUGGUCAACUAAAAUUGGCACAAUCGAAAGAAGACUCUGUUCAGACAGUACAACAGGGUAGACCUUUAUUGUACCACAUCCACUUUCCCCUUCGUCGACCGAUUCCGCUACUUACUGACAUAUGGUUCAAUAAUCAAGUAUAUUGCACUGGUCCUCGUGCGGUAGGAUCGGUUGUUACUUCCAUUGUGCUGGAGCAUAUUCUAUAUCCGCUACAAGUAAUACCACUUUCGCAGAACUUUUCUGCUAAUGUUCAUCCGUCGCAGAGUACAGAAACUUAUCAUCCGGGAUUUAAUAUACCGGAAACACAUACGAUGAGACCAUUUUUCACGAUAUGGACCACUCAAUCGAGCCGUCAUCCUACUGGAUCGAAGAAACUCGCCACGCAACGCUCGACAACAACUGAACGUAUCAAUCUUUCUGACGGGAUCGAUAAAAAUAUAUUUUUAACUCCUAAUAUUCCUCAAAUUCGACCUCAAAUCCAAUUUAAACCUCAACCUCAACUCCAAUCUCAACCUCAACCUCAAUUUAAUCAAAAUAAUGGCGAUUGUGGGCGUACUAUUAACAUUAACGAAAUUAAUCCGUUGAUCUCUAAAGGAAGGAAAACAUCGCCCGGACAGUGGCCGUGGUUAGUGGCUCUCUUCGUCGUGAAAAUCGAAUUUGAAUUUCAGUGUGCCGGCUCUCUCGUGACCAACAGACACGUUAUAACAGCGGCACAUUGUUUAAAGGUGGAUAUCUAUACCAACGUGAACAUACCUCCUAGCGCAAUGUUAGCAUCCUUAGGUCGCUACCGACUGCGCAACUGGCGAGAAACGGGAUCUAUAAAUCAGGAAAUCAUAAGUUAUAUGUUUCAUCCUGACUACACGCAUCAGGAUACUGGCGAUUCUGACUUGGCAAUCCUGGUUCUAAAGGACUUUGUCGAGUACAGUCCUAAAAUCAGACCCAUCUGUUUAUGGACCGGUUCAUCUAAUCUUCAGAAUGUGGUUAAUAAAUUUGGAUACGUAGUGGGAUGGGGCAAAGAUGACUUCGGUAAACCUCAUCUCACAGAGCCACGAAUGACAAGAGAACCGAUUGUUAGCCAGGAGGACUGCCUCUGGAGUAACCCAAGUUUUGUUAAUUUUACAUCAAAUCGCACUCUCUGCGCUGGUUUGAGAGACGGCAGCGGUCCAUGUAAUGGUGACAGCGGAAGCGGAUUGGUACUCUAUGAUUCAACCACAGGUCGUUAUCAACUACGCGGUAUUGUUUCACGAUCGUUGUAUGAUCUUAAUAAAAUGACUUGCGAUCUUACACAGUAUGUCAUCUUCGUUGACGCGGCUAAAUAUAUACUCUGGAUUAAUCAACAAACUUUUAUUACGAAGCAAACACUUGAAAAUUGGGGAAAAUCCAUCAUGGACACUCCGGAGCCUAGUGCAGGAAGAACACCCGGAGUAGUGUCGGACUCCCUGGCCCAAAGGACCAGAACCUAA